AUGGCUUCCCACGAGCAAGAGGACACCAUGCCCGAGGAGACUCAGGGCUACAAGCUCUCCCAGCCCAAGCAGAGUCUGGCUGAGUACCAGAAGAUGGAAAACAUGCUCACCCAAGAUCUGAACCUGAUUCGGGACUUUUAUAUGUCUCCCCUUGUCGUUAGCGCAGCACAUGGUCUGGCUGUUCUUGAGCCCUUGGACCUGGAACAAUACGAGAUGAGAGACGACCGGCCGACUAACAGCACCACAGACGAGAACGAUGAGUCUCUCCAGCGCUACAAGGAGUCUCUCGGCCUUGGCGGCGGCAAGGACCUCUCUGACGCUUCCGACCCCCGUGUCUGCAUCAUCCUCUCCCUGACCAUGGAGUCUCCCGGUCGCGACCCCGUCACCAUUGACCUGGCUGCUCCUGGCUCUGAGGCGACCCUCAAGGACAAGCCCUUCAAGAUCAAGGAGGGCGCCAAGUUCACCAUGGUUGCCAAGUUCAAGGUCCAGCACGAGAUUCUCAGCGGUCUGCAGUACGUCCAGGUCGUCAAGCGCAAGGGAAUCAAGGUCAGCAAGGACUCUGAGAUGCUGGGCAGCUACGCUCCCAACACCGACAAGCAGACCACUUACACCAAGCGCUUCCAAGAGGAGGACGCUCCCUCCGGCAUGCUCGCCAGAGGUCACUACAACGCCAUCUCCAGCUUCGUCGAUGAUGACAAGAAGACUCACUUGACCUUUGAGUGGUCUUUCGACAUCGCCAAGGACUGGUAG